GAUGACCAAAGACUUGAAUUGUUCGAUUACCACCUACUAAAAAGUUGAAAGAUUCAUCAUCGUGUCAGGGGUGCCACUGUCUGUGAAAGAGAGAGAGAUGGAGGAAGCUCUAAAGAUUCAAUCUUUGGUCAUUUAUCCGAUCAAAUCUUGCCGUGGGAUCUCUGUUCCUCAGGCUACCGUAACUCAUACUGGAUUUCAAUGGGACCGGUAUUGGUUAGUUGUGAACUACAAAGGAAGAGCAUACACUCAAAGAGUUGAGCCAAAGCUUGCUCUUGUCGAAUCUGAGUUGCCUAAGGAAGCCUUCUUGGAAGAUUGGGAGCCAACGAAGGACUCAUUUUUGGUAUUAAAUGCCCCUGGUAUGAGUCCGUUAAAGAUCCCGUUGACUAAGCCAAGCUCGGUGGCAGAAGGUGUGUCCAUGUGGGAAUGGUCUGGCUCUGCGUUUGAUGAAGGAGAAGAAGUUGCUAAAUGGUUUUCAGAUUAUCUCGGAAAACAAAGCCGUUUGGUUCGGUUUAAGAAAGACACUGAAACUAGACCUUCACCUCCUGAGUUUGCAGCAGGUUACUCUACAACAUUUGCAGAUAUGUUCCCCUUUUUGUUUGCAUCUCAGGCUUCUCUAGACCAGUUGAAUACACUUCUGCCAGAACCAGUGCCUAUAAACCGUUUUAGACCCAACAUUCUUGUUGAUAAUUGUGAUCCUUUCGGUGAAGAUCUUUGGGAUGAAAUCAAAAUAAACGAUUUAGUUUUCCAAGGAGUUAGGCUAUGUAGCCGCUGCAAGGUACCAACUGUGAAUCAAGAAACCGGGGUUCCUGGUGCAGCAGAACCAACUGAAACUCUGAUGAAAUUCAGAUCAGACAAUGUGUUAAUGCCAGACAAGAAACCGCGUGGAAAGGUUUUCUUUGGUAAGGAGAUGGUUUGGAAUUGGAACUUAACCAACACUGAAGACAAAGGCAAGAAGACAAUCAAAGUUGGUGAUACGAUCUCUGUCAUAAGGAAGAUCCCUUCCAGAGCUGAAGCUGCUGUUUAAGUCAAAACAUUUUGCUUUUCUUCUUCUUCUUCUGCUGUGUUGUGUUGUAUCUCUAAAUAAAGUAUACAAAGAUACUUUCUUUUUCAUGUAACUUCCGAACUUCACUUGUUGUUGCAUUCACCUUGUUAAAAGUGUGAUUUUGUUUGGUUUGAAUAAAUUUAAUUGAAAAAAAUUGAGGUU